GUGUUUCCCACAUUCUCACUGACAUGUUUUUUUUCUUCUUCCCAUUAUUAUUCAAUUAACUAAUUAAACAAAUAAUACCCAUUUGCCUCACUCACUCCCUCUCUACCAAUUCAUCGCUAUGAUCUCAGAAGAACUCUCUCAAAAUUGGUAGAAAAAUCAGUAGAGUGAAAAAGAUGAGUUUUUUCAAUUUUGUGCUUCUCUUUUCUUGUUCCUUUGUUCUACUCUCUGCAAAUGGUGAACCCAGUAGCAAAGGUGAAACCUUUAUUGUUUCAAGCUUCAGCUACCCUCGUACUAGGCUCAGACCCUUUGAUUUGCGCUAUAUUAGAGUUGACUUGCCAUCAUGGUUUUCUUCGAUGUCUAUAGCAAUGAACUCAGAUGUGGACCUUGAUGUCUCUAGAAUUGAAAGUGCUCCAAUGAGCACACUGCCAAUAAUAUGCUUUAGAGAUGGAGGUCCUCCACUGCCAGAUGCCUUAAACUUAACUUUGAAAGAUUCAGCCAUCUCAGGGAUUAAUGGUUUAGAUGUGGAACAGUGCUUCCCUAUGCAGAAAAAUAUCACUAUGAAACUGACAAAUAAUCAGAUAUCUCCAGGUGUUUGGUUCAUUGGUCUUUUCAAUGGCAUUGGACCUACAAGAACACAAUCGAAGAUGAUUAUCAGAGGUCCAGCAUACUCCUUUGCUGCCAAUAUAACUGUGGAAGCAUGCACAAAUUCAAUGAUGAUGGGGGAUUUCUGUAACAGUCCCGUUUAUCCAUUUUCAUGCACAACUUCUAAUGUCAAUAGUUCCUUGAAGGCUACAACAGCGAACGAGCCAUUGUUGGAAAAUUUGAUGACCUGCAAAAGUAGUUUGAAAACUUUUUGUGCUGAUGAAAGCGUAUCAAACGUCUUCUCCUUUGAUAUAAUAAGUGUGGCAGACAAAUUUACCAUUACGGCAAGUGAUGUCAAAUUCAAUGUCACGCCUUCAAACAAAACAUCUGGUGCGGCGGGUGAUGUUAGUUUAAUGUGUUUUGUUCGCCAUGGUUCAAUGCCUUCAGUCGCUUCGUACGAUUACUCCAGUGAUUUAAGUAAAUUUCCGCUGGUUAUUCAUUCACCAUUAAUCGGUCGUUGGUACAUUACUAUCGUACCGAUUAAUCCUAUAAAGAUACAGGAUAGCAAUGUAAGCGUUUGUUAUUCAGUGGAAUAUCAUGUGCUUCAAUGCCCUCUCGGGAAGGCCGGUCCAAAUUGUAAAAUGGAUAUCUACACGCUUCAGACAUUUGUACGGAGAGGUCCAACUCCCUUUGAAUCAUAUUAUUUACCGGUCGGUACCGGAGCAUCUUAUACUUCUGCCAAUUUCCCUCUUGAACCACUUUUGAGUAACUCAUCAUACAAUGACGAACCUGGUAACAUUUGGACUUACUUACUUUUGGACAUUCCUCGUGGUGCAGCCGGAGGAAAUAUUCAUGUACAACUAUCCUCAGACGUGAAGAUCAAUUAUGAAGUGUACGUUAGAUUUGGUGGAGUACCAUCUCUUAUUAGCCGGGACUAUUAUUAUGUUAACAAGACAAUGAGAAGCGACACAUCUAUGUUUUUUAUGCUAUAUGAUUUGAGUGAUGACAAGAUCAACUUCUAUAUUAUGUAUGCUAGAGAAGGAACUUGGGGUUUUGGUCUUAGAUAUCUUAAUGCCAGCCGCAAUCCUUCUAAAGGGGCAACUGUCAUGUCUCUUUCGCUUGAACGAUGCCCGAAACGCUGCUCCUCUCACGGGGACUGUAAAUUUUCUUUCGAUGCAAGUGGCUUGACAUCAUACAGCUUCUGCUCUUGUGAUCGAAACCAUGGAGGCAUUGACUGUAGCAUUGAAAUUGUAUCACAUCAAGGGCAUGUACGACAAUCAUUUUUUCUCAUUGUAUCAAAUGCUGCGGCCAUACUUCCUGCCUAUUGGGCCCUUCGGCAAAAGGCAUUAGCAGAAUGGGUUUUGUUCACGUCUAGUGGAAUUGCUAGUGGACUAUAUCAUGCGUGUGACGUAGGUGCUUGGUGUGCGUUAAACUAUAACGUCUUACAGUUCAUGGACUUCUGGCUCUCUUUCAUGGCUGUGAUUAGCACUUUUCUUUACCUAGCUACCAUUGACGAAGUAUUGAAGAGGGCAAUCCACACCGCUGUUGCUAUCCUUACUGCUCUAAUGGCUGUAACAAAUGCAACCAGGUCUUCCAAUGUUGUUCUUGUGAUAGUGAUUGGUGCUCUUGGUCUCCUUAUUGGAUGGGUUAUAGAGUUGUCAACAAAGUAUAGGUCCCUUUCCUUUUCAGUUAGAUUCUCACUCAAUUUCUCUCACAGUUUACGAGUGAUAAAGCGAUGGCUAUGUAAUCUUGUUGGAACACUUCUAAGACGGUACCAUUGGCCUUUUGCGUUAGCUGGUUUUUCUGCACUGUCAAUGGCAAUAGUAAGCUGGACACUUGAAACCAGCGAAAAUUACUGGUUUUGGCAUAGCUUUUGGCAUAUUUCAAUAUACACAUCUUCUUUCUUCUUCCUUUGUUCAAAAGCAAAUAUUGUGGAUAGUGAGAAUCAGCUACCUGAAAAUGGAAACUAUGAACUCACUCAUCAGGAUUCACUUCCAAGAGCCAGUUAGAAAUAGAAUCAUAUAUAUCGAAUAGGACGGUGUAAAAAUGGGAGGAAAAUGAAUCAUUUUUCAAUUUUUCGAUUUCUUGUGUUUAAGGUGACUUCACGCAAUGGUGUCACAAAAACGUGUAGCUGCCAGUAAUGGACACUAAACGUACCUUGGCAGUGGAAAUCCAAACAUAUGGGUUUCUUACUUGGAUAAGAAGUCAUGGAAAGAUUCGAUUCUGAGGCCAAUAAGAGUGAAGUGAUCAAGUCUGUUGUAAAUUCUUUUCUGCAUAAGGUUUGUUUAUGCCAUUCUUUAUAGAAUAUUCUACCCUUAAAGGAAUCAAACUAGGGGUAAUUUUGGUGAUGGGAUAAAGAGGUUUGUCUUAUGUAAAUUAUAGUUUAGAAUAAGACUUGCCUUGAACUGUAUCAUAUUAAGAUUAAGCUAUAUUGUGAUAGUGAUGUUACUGUGUUAAUGUAUCAGUGUCUCCUACCAAUUUUGGUUUUAUUCCAUUUUAGAGUAUUUGGAAAAGUUUGUUUGGAGUUUCUGUACUUAAAACUAUUUGUAACUUAUUUUAAUAGCUUUUUUUAGUGAAGCUUAUUAAUAUUUGUGUGUGUGUAUAA